AACGGUGUCGGUGGGUGCGUUUACAAUGAUCAAGAGUAACAGCGAAGAUGCCGAUCUCGAUGAGGUGUUGCGGAAAUACUUUACGAGCAAAUUUAGAUCUGGUUACGUUACGGCUAAGGGUGUUACCAUGCCUGAGCGGUUUGCUGAGAUGCAGGAAGAAAUCUACAAUUUGGAAGUGAAUGAGAACGACGUAUGGGUGUGCAGCUUUCCAAAAACUGGGACCACAUGGACCUUAGAAAUGGUUUGGAUGAUCAUGAAUAACCUUGACUUCAUAAAAGGUCAAGAGAACAUAGAAACUCGUUGCCCAUUUUUAGAACUAUCAGCAAUUUUCGACCACAGGCAAAAUAUUAAGACCAUAAAAGAUUUUGACGCUCCGGCGUAUUUGCAAGAUUCCAUAAAGUUCUUGAAAGAAGUGGAUGGUCCAAAAUGUGUAAAGACUCAUAUUCCUUGGGUCCUGUUACCGAGAGAACUGCAGGAAAAUAUAAAGAAGCCAAAGAUUAUUUAUGUGACAAGGAAUCCAAAAGACACCUGUGUUUCGUAUUACAACCACUGUAGACUUUUAGAGGGCUAUACAGGAGACUUCGAGGACUUUUGUAGAUUAUUUUUGGCAGGCAAAGUCGCCUAUGCUCCUUUCUGGGACCACGUAUUUCCAUUUUGGGAGCGCAGGACCCAACCGAACGUCCUGUUCCUCAAGUACGAAGACAUGAUAAACGAUCUUCCGUCUGUCAUAAGGAAAGUUGCGCAGUUCCUUGAAAGGAAUCUGACUGACGAACAAAUCGACAAGCUAACUAAUCACCUUUGUUUUGAAAAUAUGAAGAAUAACAACUCUGUUAAUUACCACAUUAUGGUGAAUUUUCUCAGGAAGCAUAACAUGACCAGCUCCGUUGGUUCGUUCAUGAGAAGCGGUAAAAUUGGUGGGGCAACAUCUCACAUGUCUGCGGACGUAAUCAUGAAGUUCGAAAAGUGGACGAAGGAGAAUUUGAAGGACAGCGAUUUUUCUUUCUAACUUUUUUACAAAGUAAUUAAACCUGUUGUUUUUGGUAAUCAGAACAGAAUUCAAUUUAUUUGUUACCCACUUAAAUUUAAAUGUAAUGUACAGUAUUUUAGGUGUAAUGAAAGAUUUAUUUAG